CAGAGGACAGAGGAGAGAGGACAGAGGAGAGAUGAGAGAGGAGAGAGGAGAGAGGAGAGAUGAGAGAGGACAGAGGAUAAAGAGAGUGUUCAGCGUUAACGUCUUGACAACAAGCCGCUCUGGAGUUGAAGUAGCGAAGUUGACGCAGGUUAGAUGUCCUGUCGACUGACUGACGGGAGAACUGGGAGCAGAGAAGACGUGGGAGGGAGGAGAGAGAAACGGGACUUUUUAUCCGUUUUAUCCGAGGUUAGUCUCUCUCUCUCCCUCCCUCCCUCUCUCUCUCUCACACACACACACACACACACACACAGAGGGGGACCACGGGCUGGCAGAGAUAACUCGUGCUCAUCGCGGAGCUCCGGUGCGGACGCGCCGACCGUCCUGCCGCUGCUCGAGGCUGCCGACCGGGACUUAGCGGACCCGCGGACAACCUCGGAGAAGUUCGGAGGAGGAUUUGACGGAGGGUCGAUCGACGGGAAGCGGGAAGGGGAUGGAUGAUGAACAGGUUGGUGCAGGGUAACACCCCUUGCCUGGUGAAGUCUACUUCAGGACAACACACAGAAUUCCAUUCAACUAAUCUGUGGGCGAACUUUUCACCCUGAGCCACAUGACUGGCCACCACCGUGCACCUUAGAGUGGACUACAUAUAGCAUUAACUGUCAUUUGACUGCUGCAUCUGAAGAUGAUCUGUGUGAACUGAGAAGGUCGAAAUCAAACAGAGGAGAGAGAGGCUCAAACUGCGAGGGAGCACAACUCAAACUCUUGCAGUCUGUAUUCAGCAUCAGGUCAACCUGUCCAUCACAGCCUCCAAACCUGCUCAUUACCAUCACUGAAGUGUGACAUUUAUGUUGUCAUAAUUGCCAUAUUACGGCCAAUAAUAACAGAUCAAGUUUUCCAAAAUAGUUUUUUGCUGGAUUUUUUGUGAGCAGUCGAAAUCCCAAUUACACUGUUCCCACCACUGCUCAUUAAAAAAGACCACGACCUGGCAAUUCAAAGCGAGUGUAGUACGGCACCGUACUAUUUUUGCACAACCCACUGAUUGCAUGAAUAUCCAGGAUUACGUUCUUCUUCCAAGAAGGACCCUUGUGCCCCCAACCAUCUUCUGACUGUCUGCCAAACUUUAGCAUUUAGGUGUGGAGGGGUUGUUUUUCCCAAUUAGGCCUCUGGACACUCAUUGAAGAUGACUUGAGUUGACAGGCCUAAAAGCCCCUUACCAAAAAAAAAAAAAAAUCUUUUACCCAGAGAGAGUGGGAGCUUGGCAGCAGGACACACAACACACAAAUGUGGGUGCCGAGGCGUCUUUGAGCCAUGCUGGUGUCGCUACUCCCGGAGCCCUGGAGUACAGGCUAUCAUCAUCCCUAUCAUCAUUCAUCCAAGCUGAGGAAGAUUCAACGGCCCCAAGGAACGAGGCUACGCUUCUGAACAAUUCGAAGAAACUGCGCUUACACACAGAGAUCUUCAAUCACACGCACAGACACACUAAUACUACUCUCCACAAAUCCUUGAUUCGGAAAAAAAAAAACUGCAGCGGAAGUGAGAGACUGAGCAGGACCUGUGUACCAACAUGGCAGCAGAGAGUCUUGCUGAGCUCCGUGAUUGGCUCUUUCUGCUCCUCCUGUGCCUCACCUUAUUGGCCGAGGUACUGGAAUUGGCGGCAGCGGCAAUUGCCAUGGAGACGGGCGAGGGAGAUGAGGGCAUUGUUUGUCCCUCAGUGUGCCGCUGUGAUGAGGGUUUUGUCUACUGCAACGACCGCGGCCUUAGCAUAAUUCCUCCACUACCGUUAACAGCUGCCAUCCUCUACUUGCAGAGCAACCGGCUGAGUAAUGCCGGCCUGCCACCCUCACUGGAACGCAGCACUUCAAUACGAGUGAUUUACCUGUAUGCCAACCAAUUAGAUGAAUUCCCUAUACACCUUCCGCCUUCGUUACGGGAGCUCCAUUUGCAGGAUAAUAAUAUACGAACGUUACCGCGGUCAGCUCUGGCUAAGUUACCAUUACUAGAGCGUUUACACCUGGAUGAUAACUCUAUAUCCACAGUUAGCAUCCAGGAGAGAGCUUUUUCUGGGACUCCACGGCUUCGACUAUUGUUCCUGUCUCGAAACCACCUGUCAAGCAUCCCUGCAGGCUUGCCAGCUUCCUUGGAAGAGUUGCGACUAGACGACAACAGAAUCAGCACCAUCCCCACACAUGCCUUUCGGGGGCUCUCCUCACUGCGACGCUUGGUUCUGGAUGGGAACCUCUUAGCCAACACACGCAUUGCAGAUGACACCUUUUCCCGUCUCUCCAACCUAACUGAGCUGUCACUGGUCAGGAAUGCCCUGCAGUCACCACCUGUCAAAUUGCCUUCGGCUCAUCUGGUACGACUCCAUUUGCAAGACAAUGGAAUGACCCACAUACCAAGGGGGGCGCUGGAUGGGAUGCGGAGGCUACAGAAGUUGGACCUGUCAGGAAACAAUCUGACCAGUAUCCCCCGAGGACUUUUGAAGGACACAGAAAGCCUGGAGAUGCUACUGUUGCGAGGAAACCCCUGGUACUGCGGCUGCAACCUUCGCUGGUUACACGCCUGGCUGCACAGCCGGGGGGCGGGAGUGACAGUCAGAGGCCUGACCUGUCAAGGGCCCGAGCCUGUAAGGGGCCAGACCCUGAGAGACCUAACCUCCCCGAUGGAGCAGUGUGAAGGCCCCCCUGCUGGUCCCAGUACUGGAGUUGGGGUGAACCCAGCAGAAAAAGAUGGAGGAAGUGAAGAUGGUGUUGGAGGGGGCCAAGCAGUGGCUUCUGUCCCACAUGGCAGCACCACCACGGCCUCUCUGUUGGUGCCAACACAAGGUUCCCUUUUUACCCUGCGAGCCAAGCGGCCAGGCCUUGUUAUGCCUCUGCCUCCCAGUGAAGGUGGACAUGUAUCAGGGGAAGCCUUGGAGUUGACUGUAAAACCUCUUUCUUCGGACAGUGUACUGGUCAGUUGGCUGUGCCCUCAGCCUGCACCCUCCUUCCGCUUGUCGUGGCUGAGGUUGGGUAGCAGUGCAGCUCUAGGUUCCAUAACAGAGACAUUGGUUCCUGGAGAGAGGACACAGUACCUCCUUACACAGCUCACCCCACGCUCACAUUACCUCAUCUGCCUGCUGCCACUACGACAGGAGACCUCCUUUGGGGGUUCCAGCAUGGGUUCAUCUCGAGCUGGCAGCAUGGGCAUGGACACUGACAGUAAAGACUCAGCACCAGCCUGUGCUCAAAUAGAGACUGGAGAGGCUCUUGUUAGUUCAGGAGCAGAGGGGUCAGAUAAAGAGGGACAUGACUCAGAGCUAACAGCCCUGCCUUUAGCCGGGAUCAUUGGGGGUGCCACGGCAUUGGUAAGCCUGUUGUUAAUAUUUGGCAUCUUCUGCUGGUAUGGACAGAGGUCAGGUUACAUGUCCGGGGACUCAAGCUCCUACAGCAGGGGCCGGGGUGGAAAACAUUAUGAUGACUAUGUUGAGUCAGGCACCAAGAAAGACACUUCCAUUUUAGAGAUCAGGGCCCCUCCUGCAGGGUUUCAGAUGACAGCUAUGGCCCAUCAGUCACUGCAGCCUAAGCUGGAGGAUGUCACCUAUAUCCACACCAUUUUCCCCUCCUCUUCCUCUUCCUCCCAAGCUAACGGGACCUACCGGAGCAGCCAAGGAGCUGGCAGCCUCAACGGCACCAUCCUCAGCCAAACCAGCCACCAUCAUGUCACUUAUGGCACCAACCGUGGCUACAGAGAUGGUGGCAUCCCUGACAUAGAUUAUGCCUAUACGUGAUGAUACAGGGACACACUCCCUGAGCCAUGAAUGCCACUAAGGAUGACGACCUUUGGCUAGUGGCCAUUUUGCCCUUGGUUUCCAAAGUACCCUCUGUGCCUCUGCUGGUUCAAUUCUGAUUGGUUUGUUAAGUAGAAAAGCGUGAUUUCAGCUAUGUUGAUUGAACAUUGCUAUUGAGUGACAGAAGUAACAGUCCUGCUAUUCUCUGCUACUGUAUACUACAUUAUACAGUAGGACAUUCUUUCAGCUCUACUUAUAGUUAUAAAUGGUUACGUUUUCUCUUUUGAUAUCUCAGUGUCUUUCAAACCUACUGUUCUUCUCAGCUCAUAAUAUUACACUAACUUAUUUGAGGUUGAUAUACUAGGCUUAGCUGAUUUAGAAGGAGAAAUAUUUAUAAAAUGAGGAAAAGGCACUUGAUGUGUAUAGAGAUAGCUCUCAUAUCUUCCUACCGACUGCAAGCUCUGUGCUGUAUAGAUAAAAGAGAUGACAGCGAAAGAAAUCAAUGGUUGUUAUAACCCACAGAUGACAAUGCAUCAUGGUUGACAUGAAAAGAUGUGUUCCUAGCCCGCUCCUUUCCUCCGGUUUACUCCCCUGCUUUUUAAUUUUUCUCCCUUCCGCCUCUUUUUUUUUUGGCUUAUGCUCUUUCCUUUUAUUUCUCUCAUGUCUUUUGUGGUGCCGUUAGCAGAGGACGACUUUGUUCUCACCAAGGGAGCUGACAGCAGUGAUAACAGUCCUGACAGAGACGGGAGACACAAUCCACAGCAUGGGGAGACUAAUGAGAGGGAGAGGGAGAGAGAGCAAGAGUGGGGGGUGAUAGAUAGAUGGAUGGAUGGAGGGGGAGAACAUGAAAGAAGACAUGGAGAGAGAGAGAAGGGUGCCGUUUUGGGCAUUGAGACGCUGACAGAGGUGUGUUGGCUCAAGGCAAAGAGCGAGGACAGAAAAGUAGAGAAAAAAGGCAGAUAAGUAAAAAGCAGGGCGUGUGACAAAUGCAGCGGCAGGAGGUAAAAAAGCACACAAAAGGGAAAGAAGAUGGGGGAUCAAGAGGAGUGCAGGCGGGCUAAAGAAGUGGGGCGACAACUGGAGUAAUGUAACAUCAUCAUCCAAAAACUGGCUCAAGCUCUACCCACAGUGAAUCCACUACUGCACUCAGCAAUAAAUGAGUGAUAACAGGCUGCACACUCCCUUUAAGGACUGAUGGUUCAGUUGCCUGUGAUCAUUACAAUUACAACUCAAAGACUCAAAGAAUGUAUAUUGGGCAGAUUUCACAUUAUGUAUAAGGAAUCUUCAUCAAAACAUGGAGCCCCUUUUGCACCCUUUACACACAGACAAGACAAUCAGAGCAAAACAUUAAAAAUUAUUAUCAUUUACAGCUAUUGUCAGUUUGUAUUGUAAGUAAGAUUUUCAUCACCACAGGAAACAUGACAAGCUUAAGAAGAAUGGCAAUAAAAGAUCUCCCUCUCAGGGUUUAGAUAAGGUACAGCAUGUACCAAGUUUCCAUUGUGGACUGGGCUCAUUAUUAAAUUGCAAAUGAAGAGAGAGAAAUCUUGUCAUAAGUCUUAUAAUAGUAACCCAUUAUCUUCUAGACGCUGGUUACCUUUUAAAUUAAAAUCUAAAAUAAAACGUUUUAGCAGUUUAAACUCUUUUGGUGGAAAUCAAAACUGCUGUGAUGCAUUUUAGGAAAAGUUCAACAAACAAAAGGGUAUGAGUGGGAAUUAUUUAUAGAUAGAACUUGGGAUAUAUUAAUUUGAAAAGUGACAAUGAAAAAGAUGACCAGACAGGAAUGUGUGCUUUUAGAAAAAAAUGAAAGACCUGACGAAUAAUUGUACCUCAUCACCAUGAUGUUAAAAUCCCAGGAAACUCCAACGUUGCUAUCACCUCAUGAGGUGUUGUUUUUCAUAAUUUCUUGACAUUUUGUAGAAAAUUAUUAUCCGAACAUCAAAAAGAAUUAGUUGCAGCCCCACAAAAUUGUCUUUAUCAUUAUCAUAUCCCAUCCUAGAAGAGGGUAUUUCAUUUUUUUGUAUUCUAAGUUGAAUUGAAAGUAAAAUGUAAAACACCUGAAAUUUCAGAUUUGACCUGGUGCAUUCUGGGAGAUAAAGUACAUUGGUUGGCUCUGGUUGUCCAGUUAGGCCUUAGCACAGUAUAGAUACAGUUCUGAUCACAGCCUGAACGCUACACUGUGCAGUUCAACGCAAACAAACAACCUAACUACACACAGCACCUGCUUCCUUGCUGCCUUUCACUGCCCCCCUGCUUAUACUUAGAGGGAAGAGGAACUUCAAAAGACAACAAUAACAGAGGAGAGGAGAGGGUAGAGCAAAAACAAAAGAAAAGAAAAAAGAUGUGUUGAAACCCAUUCUGACUUUCAGUAGCUCUCUUCCUCUUUUCUAGCCUGUGCUACUGCGCACCAGUAAUAUUGGAAGAGCUCAGGUGUGAGUUUUUUGUUUUUUAAGUUUAUAUCUGCAAUUGUUUUUGGUUUUCUUUUUUUAUUAAAGAGCACUGAAAAUCCCUUUCAUUAUGUAUAGAAAUCCGUUUCCUUUAAAAAAUGUCACCCUCAGAUGUGAUAAUGAAAACACUCUUAUGUACAAACAUAGAAAUGGGUGCAAAACGCUAUUCCAUUUAUUGGUCUGUCGUCUUUUUUCUAUGAGGAAGAAUAAAGACCUAAGGAAAAGCAGUUUCCGUGACUUCUCUUUGUGUGUCUGUCUGUGUGGGUUUCAUUAAAUCAGAAACAAAGGCUGGAGUAUUCAAAUAAAAGAUUGGGAUGCCUUAAAAAAAUAAAAAUCAAUGAGAAGCUCAGAUUAUUAAUAUGAUUUAGG